GGGCGCACUUCCGGUGUUUCAGUCUUUCUUUCCUGGGCGGUGUGCUCUCUCUUCUUUCUCUGCUUCAGGCAUGGCGUCUCGCAAGGAAGCAGCCGUCACCGGCGCCUCCACGGGUAGCAGCAAAGCCAAAGCCAAAGCAGCCCCGGGGGACUCCGCAGUGAAGCAAGUGCAGAUCGACGGGCUGGUGGUGCUGAAGAUCAUUAAACAUUACCAAGAAGAAGGACAAGGAAAUGAAGUGGUCCAGGGUGUGCUGCUGGGGCUGGUGGUGGACGACAGACUUGAAAUCACCAAUUGCUUUCCAUUCCCUCAGCAUACCGAAGACGAUGCUGACUUUGAUGAAGUCCAGUAUCAGAUGGAAAUGAUGCGGAGCCUUCGCCACGUCAACAUCGAUCACCUUCACGUUGGCUGGUACCAGUCCACCUACUAUGGCUCUUUUGUCACCCGAGCCCUCCUUGACUCCCAGUUCAGUUACCAACACGCCAUUGAAGAGUCUGUCGUUCUCAUUUACGAUCCCAUAAAAACUGCCCAAGGAUAUCUCUCCCUAAAGGCAUACAGGCUGACACCUAAAUUGAUGGAAGUUUGUAAAGAGAAAGAUUUCUCUCCAGAAGCGUUGAAAAAAGCAAGUAUUGCCUUCGAACACAUGUUUGAGGAAGUACCCAUCAUAAUCAAGAAUUCCUACUUGAUCAAUGUUCUUCUUUGGGAGCUGGAGAAGAAGUCGGCAGUAGCAGAUAGACAUGAGCUGCUCAGUCUUGCAAGCAAUAAUCACCUUGGAAAGAGCCUGCAGCUCUUGAUGGACAGAGUGGAUGAGAUGAGCCAGGAUAUUGUGAAGCACAACACCUACCUGAGGAACACCAGCAAGCAGCAGCAGCAGAAACAUCAGUAUCAGCAGAGACGUCAGCAAGAAAACUUGCAGCGUCAAAGCAGAGGAGAGCCGCCUCUCCCUGAAGAGGACAUGAACAAAUUGUUCAAGCCACCGCAGCCUCCUGCCAGGAUGGACUCUCUGUUGAUUGCAGGUCAAAUUAACACAUACAGCCAGAACAUCAAGGAAUUCACUGCACAGAACCUGGGCAAGCUCUUCAUGGCUCAGGCACUUCAAGAGCACAAUAACUAGCGUAGAAGAUGAAGUUCUUGAAAUCUCCUAUACAUCCAAGAGUUGCUCAGGAUCUUUUUUUUUUUUUUUUUUUGCUAAAGAUGCGUUUCCAUGGCUCAUUGCAAGAUGAACAGUGAACUUGACACUCAUGUGUGCUGGUAAAAUGCCUAAAGAGAAAAAUAAAGACCAAUUUUAAACUUUUA